GAGAGAGAGAGAGAGAGAGGAAGAAUUUCAAAAUGGUGGCAGGCAGAGCAGGAGGGUUCUUCAGAAACACAAACAGUAAAGAUUCCCAGUUGGGUUUAGCUCCUUUUCCCAUAAAAUAAAAAAAUAUUAUUUUAAAAAAAAUCACUAAACUUUGAACCUCGCAUCACAUUUUUCCAAACACCGCGUAUAUGUGAUUUGCAGUAUGAAUGCUUUGCUUAAAAUAUGAUUUUAUGGCAUCUACUGCUGCUGCACCAAACGAAACCCCCUUCAAGCCUCAACCCAUUUGCUCAGACUGGACACUGGAGACCAACAACACGAUAUAGCUCUUGAAACGCCGUCGUUUAGUUCCUUCACUUGCUGGUUUGAAGAAGGAAUGGAGUUUGCUACUCCCAAACCCCUUAAACCCUCCUCAAACAUAUCUGAUAUUGUCUCCAAGUUUGCCAAAGUUUGCAAGUUGAGAUCCAUUGGUGUGUUUACCUCUGACAACCAAGAUCACCAUCACCAGCAUCCCAACAACCCCAACAACCUUAGUGCCCCUUUUGGUGAAGAUGGAAGUGAUGUGACCGAGGAUACAGAGCGUGAUGGCGUAAAAAUCCAUCCCCAGCCCAUGGAAGUUACGAGAACAAGCAGUAUGUGUGGGGAUGCCGAGUUAUCCAAGUUGUUUGACAUUGUGUCAGCUCUGAAAUUAGCUUAUAUCCAGCUUCAGGAAGCUCAUGUACCCUAUAACCCGAAAAAGAUUGUAGCUGCAGAUGGACAUUUUAUGGCUGAGCUUGAAUCUCUCUGCCAGAUUAAGCGUGUGUAUAAGGAGACGCAAUGUGUGAAGCCCAAGUCUGAUUCAUCUCAUUCUGCAAUCCUGAGGAAGAAGGUUGAACUGAAUGAGAAGCUGCUGGAAGAGUUGAAGUUUCAAACGGAAGUUAAGAACUCUGAUAUAAUCUGCCUGCAACAAGAGCUCAGAGAUUUGGACUUGAUGAAUGUGACAUUGGCUGAGAAUGUAAGGCAGAUAAGUUUGCAAAGGAAGAAUGCACGGGUUUUGAACAUUACUACAUUUCAGGAUGCUUACAGAGCUGCGUCAAAAUCCAUUCAUGAUUUUGCAAAGCCUUUAAUUAGCUUGAUGAAAGCUUCAGGCUGGGAUUUGGAUCUUGCGGCAAAGGCAGUGGAAGUGGAAGCUGCAUAUUCAAAAAGGUCCCACAAGAAGUACGCAUUUGAAGCCUACAUUGCAAGGAGAAUGUUUUAUGGGAUGUCAUUGAAAGCUUAUAAUGUGGAUGGUAUUAUGAGAUAUGAUGACCCAAUGGAUGCCCUGAUAGAGAACCCAGAUUCAGAUUUUGCCAGAUUCUGCGGAGAAAAGUAUCUACUAGUUGUUCAUCCAAUGAUGGAAUCAUGGUUUUUUGGGCAUCUGGAUCACAGGACACUUGUAUUGAGUGGCAAGCAUCCAAGGACUUCAUUCUAUCAAAUAUUUGCAAGAAUGGCAAUGCGGGUUUGGGUUUUACAUGGCAUUGCACCUUCAAUAGAUUCUGAAGCAAAAAUAUUUGCUGUUAAAAGAGGAAGCAAAUUCUCAGAUGCUUAUAUGGAAUCUGUGGAGGAAGAUGGCAAAGGUGCAGCUGUCUUGGAUGAAGGACAAGUCGAGUUUAUGGUCAUGCCUGGAUUUAGAAUUGGAGAGACAAUUGUGAGGUCUCGCGUGUAUGUUUCAAAACCAAAAAUGUAAUCGUCCCUUGGUAAUGUUUACAGUUCACUGACCAACUGGUCAUUCAGCUGAACCUAACUUUUGUUAUGAAAUGUUAAUAGUUAGUUCAACUUAGCCGAGAGCAAUUGUGGGAGUUUUCCAAACUACAGCUGGUAGAGUUAAAACGAUUUAACUCUCAAAUCUGAGUUUGUAAUAUCCAGUUUUCAAGUUUUGACAUAUCUAUAUGGAUAUGGUAGACUGCAAGAAUCUGGUUAAUCACUUUCUAAACUGUAAAUAGACAUCUAUAUGGAUAUUGUUCUUUAUUUCCA